AUGGACGUAGCUGUUGCGGGUUAUAUUCUGUAUAUUCUGCAGACCCCAGCGAAGAGGCAUGCGCCUGAGACAACGUUUUCCCCAGUGACCGGCACUCGCCUUAUGAGCCCCGUUCACACUCCAAAAGAUCAUUUUAAAGCCAAGGGAAAGACUGAUAAUCCCUCUAAAAAACAGAGGCCUCUGACAGAUGCAGAAAAACUGCAUGCGUUACGGUCUGAAAUUGAAGGAUCAGUGACAGUGUUUAAAAAGACAAAGCAAAAACUGGAAAAAAUACUGUCUACAGAGGGCAGCAGCGAGCUGAAGACUUUCUUCUCCAGAGGCUCUGCGGACCUGCAGACUGAACUGUGCAGACACAGGGAGCUGGGCCGCGGAGCCUGCAGGCCGUGCUGGUGUCCUGCCUGUGCUUACACUCUGGGGAAUGGCUGCCGGCCUGCCGAGCACUGCCUCAUCGCCCCCUCAGUGACCUGA